GCAGUCUAAUGGGCUGAACAAGAGGCACCUGUUCCUUUCUGUUUUAAACCUCCCAGAGGCAUUUGAGGAUCUGUGCUUGGAAAACAGAGGAUGCUGGACGGCACAGACUUUGCUUGCAAGCCUUGGAUCUGCUUAGCCCUGAUUCAGAUGCUGGAGAAAGAUGUUGGGAGCCGAAUACUUACUCUGCUGCCUUUGAGCCACAAAGGAGCCUCGCGUGGUGCACACAGUCCUCCUCUGACUCCAGAUUUGGAAAAGCCACAAAGGCAUGCCUGGACUUGCUACCUAGGCAGCUACAAGAGCCACUUCAAGCGUGACUGAGAAGCUGAGCAAAGGCUGCACCUUUGUGGAAAUGGGGAGGUCUGGUGUCUUGACAAUGGCACAUCAUCUGACCUGCUCUCCCUGGCAGCCUGGAGGAAAAGUAGGACAACACUGCAGGCAAAACAUGAGCAAAGCUGAAGGGAACGGGCAGCCCCACUGGUUAUCUUUGAAGAACCGGGGUUCACAAACUCUAGACCUUAAGGGUGAACCUCUGAGUUGAGGGAGACCUCAACUUGUCUCAGCCAAGAAGCGAUUAUCUUGUGGAUUAUUGUAGCACAGCUUCUCUGGCAAAGGGGAUGAUGUCUCUCAGUGACCAGGUUUCGGCCAAAGGCCAGUGCCUUUCCUCGGAUGUCUACCUGCCCAAACUCUUGGAGGGGCUGGGGAACCUGCGCUCGCAGAACCUCCUGUGCGACGUGAUGCUGGAGGCUGAGGGAGCCUCCUUCCCUGCCCACAAGGCUGUCCUGGCCGCAGCCAGCAGCUACUGCAAGAUGCGCUUUGCCGGAGACGCCUCCAGCCAUGACUCCCUCAUCAAGGUGUCCUCUGCCACUGCCUGCGGUCUGCAGAACGUCCUGUCUUUUGUUUACUCCAACCAGCUGGCGCUGACCCUCCAGACCGUCGAGGAGACCUUCCAUGCGGCUGAAGUGCUGCUGGUGCGUGAGGUGAUGGGCCUCUGCUUCCAGUUCCUGGAAGAGAGCCUGAACUGGCACACUUGCCUCCAGAUCCUCAACAUCACCAAGCGGCUCGGCCCAGAGGAGCUGAGGGAGAAAGCGGUGAGAUGCGUGAGCAGGCACUGCAAGGAGAUCCUGGCAGACCCCUCGUGGCUGAAGGAGCUGGAUGGAGCCACCCUACAUGAGGUCCUGGACAGAGAAGAUGUUCAAGGUCUCACUGAGCUGGACCUCUUCCACGCAACCGUUGACUGGCUGCACCAAGACGCCACACGCCUCAAAGAUGCGCCCAGUCUCUUAAGGCGCAUCCGGUUUCCCCUUAUACCUCUCAAGGAUUUGCAGACAUUUGUGCAGAAGGAGUCCCUCAUGAAGAUGGACCCUGUUUGCCGCCGGUACCUUCAGGAGGCCUUGGAUUAUCAUUCCCAGCCAUAUGCGCAGCCAUCCCUCCAGAGCGAGCGGACACAGGUCCGGGGCGGUGCAGAUAGGUUGCUCGUUCUUGGUGGUAGGUCUGCAGACAACACCAUCCACGACGAAGUGUGGGCUGCGGAUCAAGGUUUUCGUUCGUGGAGAAAGAUCAGGAAACUCAGUGGGCCUGCGUAUAACCAUUCUGUCGCUGUGAUCAACAGCUUUGUCUUUGUUAUGGGGGGCCAGGACAAGUUUGACCCAAAAGGACAGUAUCCUUCAAACAAGGUGUUCAGGCUUGACCCCCAGCAAAAUGCGUGGAUCCAAGUGGCAAGCAUGCAGGCGCGGCGGACCCGUUUUCAUGCAGGGGCCCUGAAUGACCGCCUCGUGGCCGUGGGAGGGGGGACGCUGCUGGGGGCCCUCACCAACACAGCGGAAGAGUACUGGCCGGCCGAGAAUGAAUGGCGAAGCAUCACGCCUUGCCCUCUGCCCAUGGCUGACCACGCGGGAGCCACCCACAAAGGGAUCCUCUACAUAUCAGGGGGAUUCGCCAGUGGGAAAACCUUACCAGAUACUUACAGCUACCUCUCCCGCCUGCGUCGGUGGGUUAAGAACCGACCAAUGACUUUUGCACGCUGUGACCAUGGGAUGGCAGCCUCUGAGGACAAAAUCGUCUGUAUUGGAGGACGGGCUUUGACAAAUGCUGGAGAAUGGGUGCCUGUCAGCAAGAUGGAGUCCUACUGCCCAGUUUCUGAUCAGUGGACGCUGCUUGACCUCUCUGCCUUUGACCUCUGCCAGUUUGGCCUUGCCAUGCACCAGCAGCAACUAUACAUCACGGGAGGUGGGUCGCUGCGCCAGAGGACCAAAGAGGAGGGCGUCUUUGUCUGCAGCCCAGGAAGGAAGGUGUGGGCAAAAGCAGGGUCCCUACCCAUGGCUCUGGCAGAUCACGCCUCUUGCUUCGUCCGCCUCCCAUGCCAGAUCACCAGCAAACAGCAGAAUGGGGGAGAGCCACCAGCCCCCGGCAAGAAGAAAUCCACCCUCAACUUAUUCAUCACCAAUGAGCACACAGCCCAGCCUGCUCUUUAAAGAGGGACUCUGGAGAAAAUCCAGCAGCAAUGCGUUAGCAGAAGCCCCCGCUGAAAUUAAGAAAGGAAACGCAAGCUGGAUUUUUCCAGGUCAUAUUCAAACAGUUUCCACAAAUCUUGAGGGGUUCCGUAAGUUCUUGAGAUUCACAUGCUCCUGCCUCCAAGUAUGGGCUGAGAUCCAAACUUCCCAAUGUUGCUUUGACAGCAGUUUACAAUUCCUACUCACCACUAAGAGCUGCCAAGCCUCUGACUGGGUCCUUGUUUGCCAGCAUCAGCUCACAACCGACCUGCGUUCAGACACACACAUGCACCGGGUUAGGUUUUGAGACAGGUACAGAAAAAUCAAGAAGCAAGAGUCAGAACAGAAGGGUUAGUUUCCCCUCAAACAGCUAAUGGGGAAGGCAUGCUCACCUUGA